UUUUCUGCGCAAAAGGGUCAAUCAGCUGAACAGCGUCAUUCCUCAGCAUGCUUUAGAGACGUCAGGACCGCCGCCUGGAAGCUUCCAAACGAGUAACUGCUGUCUAUAAAUAAACGGAACAAACUUUGCAUGGUGAAGAUUUGCUCAGAAAUACGUGCCUGGCUUUACUCUAUUCGCAUGGAAAUGCAUGGAUGUAAUACGGUAUACUAAGGAAUGGAUGGGAUACUGAAGAAGGUACAAAUUCUCUGACAACACCCUGAUCCUCCAGCUGCUCCCUCCCACUCCAGUCCCAUUCAGCAUCACAUCACAGCUACUGGAGGCACAAGGUGUAAUUUUGCCCUGCGCUUGAUGAAGAUGAUGCUGAGUCCGGAUCAGUCCGAUUCUGACUUGAUGUGGGUUCAGUCAGACCCAGAAACCGUCCUGAACGUUAUUAAAGCGGAGUGCAUGCCUGAAGAGUCUCCACUAACGGACGGGAAGCAGCGCGCGCUCGCGGCUCCUGCACUGACCCGCGAGGAAAAGCGGCGGCGGAGGCGCGCGACCGCGAAGUACCGAUUGGCCCACGCAACCCGCGAGCGCAUCCGUGUCGAGGCCUUUAACGUGGCGUUUGCCGAGCUGCGGAAACUUCUCCCUACACUUCCGCCUGACAAGAAGCUCUCAAAGAUAGAGAUCCUUCGUCUCGCUAUAUGUUACAUAUCAUACCUGAAUCACGUCCUGGACGUGUGACCGAACUGGGGAAGACAUAUAAACUAUUAAUUAAAAAUGAUCUAUAAGACUAUUUUGGGGAGAGAAAUAACUUUGUCGAUAUGUUGAUGUCAGCUCUUAGAUGUAGACUACAGGUCGAGCAACAGGUCA